AUGGCUUCCUCCGCUCAAGAGGCAUAUCCACCGGACUACGACAAGCCGGCUGAGCAGAUUGUCGUGCAGACAACACAGUAUCUCAUUGAGAAUGGAGGACUUGUGUUUCUCAGCAGGUUCCCCACGCUGGCAGUUCAUGAGGACCCAAUCAAGACAAUCAGUUUUUCGGAGGACGGAGGCUUACUGGCCACCGCUUCCGGUGGCACGGCGCGAUUGGCUUUUCUGAGGAUGGAGAAGCACUGA